AUGCUGUCCAAGCCUGUGCGAGUGCUGAGCGAGCGCAUCAUGAGCCGCGGCUUCGAGCCCACUGUCGUGCGCCUGAUGGAGAACGUGCACAAGGUGGUGCGGUCGCAGCCUGGUCUGAUCUCGCUGGAGACGCUGAGCGACGUGAACGACCACCACAAAUACGUGGUGCUGUCGGAGUGGAAGUCACUGAAGGACUACCAGGCGUGGACGUCGAGCGAGGCGCACCGCAAGUGCACGGAGCAGAUCAACGAAGUGCUGGACGUCCCUGGCAAGCGCACCACCAUCUACAAGCGGCCUGAGGAGGAUAUCUUCCUGCUGUGAGAUGAUGCAGAAAUGUCGAGGGAGAAUGUUUUAAGUUAGUCGGCGAUCAACGAGGGUGCAGGAAGGAGCUGGUCCCGACCGCGUAUUGACGAUCAAUAUACUGUGUAUCUCG